CAGAAUUGCUUAGUAAGAAAGAAUUUGGUCGUUUAGGUGCUGAGAAACGUAGAGGCAUUUGGUAUCACUGUUUAGUUUUGAUAUCUAAUUAUGAAGUUUCUGAUUUACAGGUAGCACAAAUUUUGUGAUACUUACUGUUUUGACUCUAGUUCUUCAAGGCACUUGGCAUUUUAGACAGGUAAUUCUGUCUGUGCUUGUAGUGACAUGGGGCCUUCGUCUCGGUUUUUUCUUGUUAAUGAGGAUUUUGCAAUGGGGAGAGGAUCGACGUUUUGAUCAAAUUCGUAGUAAUUUGGGAAAAUUAGCAGUUUUCUGGAUAUUGCAGGCUGUCUGGGUCUGGACCGUAAGUUUACCUAUCACGGUGGUCAAUGCAAGCAAUCACAAUCCAUCUCUCCGAGCUGCGGAUGUAAUUGGGUGGAUUAUGUGGUUAGUGGGUGUUGUAAUCGAAACUACAGCUGAUCAACAAAAAUUGGCAUUUAAAAACUCUCCAGAAAACAGGGGGAAGUGGUGCGAUGUUGGACUUUGGAAGGUCUCUCGUCAUCCUAAUUACUUUGGUGAGAUCUUUCUUUGGUGGGGAAUCUUCGUUGCUUCCACUCCCGUUCUGGAAGGUAUUGAGUGGCUUGUGAUACUUGGGCCAAUAUUCCUAACAUUGCUGCUUCUUUUUGUCAGUGGGAUCCCUCUACUUGAGAAAUCAGCAGAUAAGAAGUUUGGGAAUGUGACCGAAUACGUACGUUAUAAAAGAGAGACUAGCCCCCUGAUCCCACUGCCUACAGCAAUAUAUGGAAACCUGCCCUCGUGGUUCAAGAAAAACUUUCUAUUUGAAUUUCCUUUUUACAGCCGCAAAUUCCCCGGGGCGAGCAAAACUGGUACAGAGCAAGCAAGGACGAAAGCAGCGACAGAUUGAUGAAGGGAAUGCUUGCAAUCCUCAUCAUCUUGACUCGUCAAUGGUCAUGUGACCCAUUAGCCUCUGUCUUCUAUACUCAAAGGGGCAUGUCAAAAAGCAAUCAUUUUUGUAGAAGUGCAUCAAUAAGUUUACUAAAAUGUAGGCUUGCUGCAGGUACAGGAGCUCACAUAAAUAGCGAGAUAAGAAUUGAAAUGAUGGGGUUUAUAUUGGUGUCACCCUGAGUCUACUGUGCACACAUUAGUCUUUAAUCACCUUUUCUAUUUGUUCAAUCUCAUCAUCAAUGCCUGUCUUUUGAUUGCACAUGAUAGACUUUCCCUGUUUUCUUAUCAGACUUUAUCUUCUCGUGUAUAUGGAUAGUGAUUUGAAUUUAAUAGAGAAAAGUAAUGGAUUGAAUUGCCA